CCUACGAUUGGCUGGCAACUUACCUGUUUUCCAAACUCAAUAUGUGCGGAAACAUUAUUGUUACUUUCUUUGGGACGGAACUAUUCACUGAGCGGUGCGUCAACUCGGACCGUUUUAAUUCAAGCGCAAGAUAACACGGAAGUAAAUCCCGAACGGUUUUCUGCUGGUGCUUUUAACGUCAUUCCCGUUUAAAAAAAAACUGAAUUGAAGAAAGAAAGAGAAUGGCAAUCAGUGCGGUUCAUCUGGAGUCGGACGCCUUCCUGGUGUGUAUGAAUCACGCUUUGAGCACGGAGAAAGAAGAAGUGAUGGGUUUGUGUAUCGGAGAGGUAGAAGUCAGCCGGAUCGUCCACAUCCACUCCGUCAUCAUCCUCCGCCGCUCGGACAAGAGGAAGGACCGUGUGGAGAUCUCCCCGGAGCAGCUGUCUGCAGCCUCCACGGAGGCCGAGAGGCUGGCCGACAUGACGGGCAAGCCGAUGCGGGUGGUGGGCUGGUACCACUCCCAUCCACACAUCACCGUGUGGCCCUCGCACGUUGACGUCCGGACUCAGGCUAUGUACCAAAUGCUGGAUCAGGGUUUCGUGGGCCUCAUCUUCUCCUGCUUCAUCGAGGACAAAAACACCAAGACGGGCCGCGUCCUGUACACCUGCUUCCAGUCGGCCCAGGCCCAAAAGGGUUCCGAGUACGAGCGUGUGGAGAUCCCAAUCCACGUCGUCCCACGCCAGGCUAUCGGUAAAGUGUGCCUGGAGUCGGCCGUGGAGCUGCCGCGGAUACUGUGUCAGGAGGAGCAGGAUACAUACCGCAAGAUCCACAGCCUGGCUCACUUGGACCCGGUCACCAAGAUCCACAACGGAUCUGUCUUCACCAAGAAUCUGUGCAGCCAGAUGUCGGCGGUGAGCGGACCGCUGCUGCAGUGGCUGGAGGAUCGUCUGGAGCAGAACAAGCAGAGCAUCUCGGAGCUGCAACGGGAGAAGGAGAGGCUGAUGCAGGAGCUGAGUGCCCUCUGAGUAGGGGAACAUCGUGGGCACUUGGUUACUUUCUGUUCCUUUUUUACCACAUCAUCUUGGUGGCACAACUAAACGCUCACCUCAUGUCAACGUCCACAGCUGUCGCAUGUGUAUUUUCAUUGUUUUAGGGAGUGUCAUGUUCUCACCUCCAUCUCUUCGUGGUCAUUGAUGAAGUUCUGCUCCAUACAAUGUUCGCUCUCAGCACAAGGAAAAAAAAAAAAAGUAGACCGAGCGAUAAAAAAAAAAAAAAAAUCAUAAGGUGUUAAGCAUUGGUUUGUGUGUGACACACUUGUGGUCUAACAGAACCCAUCUAACCUAUCCAUGAUUGAAUAAGCAUCAUUUGUGAAUGAAUGAAGGAAAGACGUGCCUUUGGACUAAUAGAUGAGCCUUUGUAGAUUCUCUCGACUGUACAUAAAGACACUGGGAUGUAUAAGCUUUGUUUUGAACUUAUUUACCUCGUAUUUCUGUGCACCACACCAAAGCCAAAAGAACCUGUUCUGGAAAACUUAAAUUUCAGUUCUUGAUUUAAUUUUUUUUUAACCAC